AUGUCUUCUGGAGGCAGAACCCCUAUUUACUACUCCCGCCCUACUGACCCUCCUUGGCAAGAUCCCAAGGGUGGAAAGAGAUCUCUGAGCCAUGGCGGCCAUGGCAACGACAAGGGUGGAAGCAGUAGCGGUGAAAACAGCGGCAACACUGGAGGUAACACCGGCGGCGGCGGCGGCGGCGGCGGCAACAAGAAGAAGUAG